GAGCAAAUGAUCACGUGACUCUCGGAUCUUCUUCACUUUUAGUCACAGUCCCCACCCCUCUACAGUCGGCCAUGAUGUUGAGUGCGGUUUCUCGAGCUACUGCUGGAGCUCUUAGGGUGGUAAAACCCGCCCUAAACCCUCAGCUUGUCCAAAAUGAGGUCGCCAAAGUCGUUGGGGCUGUGGCUGUCAACCAGAAAACCAACUAUGCCACCGCUGCCGCUGCCAAGGGCAAGGUUGCUAAGGGCAAGGUUGUGGCAGUCAUCGGUGCCGUUGUAGACGUGCAGUUCGAUGAAGAGCUGCCCUCCAUUCUCAAUGCCCUUGAGGUUCAGAACAGAUCACCCAGGCUGGUUCUGGAGGUAGCCCAACAUCUUGGUGAGAAUGUAGUCCGUACCAUUGCUAUGGAUGGUACAGAGGGUUUGGUGCGUGGACAGGAAGUGCUGGACUCCGGCAACCCUAUCAUGAUCCCUGUUGGCGCUGAGUGCUUAGGCAGAAUCAUCAAUGUCAUUGGUGAGCCCAUCGAUGAGCGUGGCCCUGUUGGAUCCAAACACUUUGCUGCCAUCCAUGCUGAGGCUCCUGAGUUUGUUGACAUGAGUGUAGAACAGGAAAUUCUUGUUACUGGUAUCAAAGUUGUAGAUCUUCUUGCUCCUUAUGCCAAGGGUGGAAAGAUUGGUCUCUUCGGUGGUGCUGGUGUCGGCAAGACUGUAUUGAUUAUGGAACUUAUUAACAACAUUGCCAAGGCUCACGGUGGUUACUCAGUGUUUGCUGGUGUGGGUGAGCGUACCCGUGAGGGUAAUGACUUGUACCAUGAAAUGAUUGAAACUGGUGUCAUCUCCCUCAAGGACAAGUCCUCCAAGGUCGCACUUGUGUACGGUCAGAUGAACGAGCCCCCAGGCGCCCGUGCCCGUGUUGCUUUGACUGGUCUUACUGUUGCUGAGUACUUCCGUGAUCAGGAGGGCCAGGAUGUGCUUCUGUUCAUUGACAACAUCUUCAGAUUCACUCAGGCCGGUUCUGAGGUAUCUGCCCUCCUGGGUCGUAUCCCCUCUGCCGUAGGUUACCAGCCUACCCUUGCCACUGACAUGGGUAGCAUGCAGGAAAGAAUUACCACCACCAAGAAGGGUUCCAUCACUUCAGUACAGGCUAUCUAUGUGCCUGCUGAUGACUUGACUGAUCCCGCCCCUGCCACCACCUUCGCUCACUUGGACGCCACCACUGUCUUGUCCCGUGCCAUCGCCGAGCUGGGUAUCUACCCUGCUGUGGACCCUCUUGAUUCUACCUCUCGUAUUAUGGACCCCAACGUCAUUGGUGCUGAGCAUUACAACGUUGCUCGUGGUGUGCAGAAGAUCCUCCAGGAUUACAAGUCCCUCCAGGAUAUCAUUGCUAUUUUGGGUAUGGAUGAAUUGUCUGAGGAAGAUAAGCUGACUGUUGCCCGUGCCCGUAAGAUCCAGAGGUUCCUGUCCCAGCCUUUCCAAGUGGCUGAGGUCUUCACUGGUCAUGCUGGCAAACUUGUGCCCCUCACAGAGACCAUUAAGGGCUUCCAGCAGAUCCUUGGUGGUCAGUGGGAUCACUUACCUGAGGUAGCCUUCUACAUGGUUGGUCCUAUUGAGGAGGUUGCUGAGAAGGCAGAGAGGUUGGCAGCUGAAGCUAAAUAAAUGCUCCUGUGAUGUAUUAAUUAAAUGAACAUUUCCUGUGCACUAGCGGCUAUGUAUCGCUGACCUAGUAUGGCUGGUAAUAGUAGACCUGUUCAGAUGGGCCUGAGCCUUUCCGCUAAAAUUUUACACUUCUUGAUCAACAGUACAAAAAAAUAUUUUGUUGGUCAUUUUUAAUGAUCCAGUGGUUGCAGGACAUGGUGCAGCCAUUCCAACAUGUUGUGGAGGUAUGGUGUGACCCAUUAUAAUAAUGGGGUAAACAUGAUUCUCACUGCUCCAACAUACCUCUUGUAAAUAAGUGACUAUUUGUAAUGAAUGAAUAAAACCUCCACAAAUCUUA